AUCUUUGAAUUUUCAACUGCAUUUUCCAAAAGAUUUGAAAGAAAAACAAGGUUCACCAAUGCUAUGCUACUGUUUCCUCACAAUCGAUAUUUCUCAAGGAGCUGUUGAUAGUCAAGUCUGCGCUUCUUUUUUCCCUUGCAUUGAUUGAUUACGCCCAAAUCGUCAAAAUUUCAAAUUUUGACCAUCGCACCAAUCUGCAUUUAUUCUUCUCACCUCUGGGGUUUGGCUUUCUUUUUCUCCAAGAAUCCCGUGUCUUUCAAUCUCCCUACUUUUCUUGAUUUUGUUAUCCCUCAGUUUGCAGUCCACGAGCGCAAGAGAUAUAAUUUUGAAAACCCUUUAUUUUUCUAUUCUUGUUUAUGAUUUCAGCUGCAGAUUAGAAUUGAUUCUUGUUAUACCAUACUUAUAGAGUGUUACUAGAAGGAAAAAGAUUUGUAUUUUAGCUGGAAUAUUGAGGAUUUUGGGGUUUAAUUUUGUAUUGAUAACUGUAAUUGCUACUGUUUGUUAUUUGGAUGAGAAGUAUAGCAGCAUAGGAUUGCUGAGAGAGAGAGAUGGAUGGAUCAAAUGGUAGCUCUGGUUCGCCUGCGCCUUUUCUGUUGAAAACAUAUGAGAUGGUGGAUGAUUCUCUAACUAAUGCUGUUGUAUCUUGGAGUCGCAGAGGGCAUAGUUUUGUGGUUUGGAAUCCACCUGAGUUUGCUAGAGAUUUGCUGCCUAAGUAUUUCAAGCACAACAAUUUUUCCAGCUUCAUCAGACAACUCAAUACAUAUGGCUUUAGAAAGGUUGAUCCUGAUCAGUGGGAGUUUGCGAAUGAAGAGUUUAUCCGCGGGCAAAGGCAUCUACUGAAGAACAUCCACAGGCGAAAACCUAUCCACAGCCAUUCGGGUCAUGGGAAUGCAGCUCCGGUGACCGACUCAGAGAGAGAGGAGUUGGAGAAGGAGAUUGAAAAGUUGAAGCAAGAAAGAGUUUCCCUCGAGACAGAGGUGGAGAGGUAUAGACAGGAGAAUCGAGGAUAUGAGCACGAGCUGAGAUCGCUGGGGCAGACAUUGCAGAGCAUUGAUCAAAGGCAGCGGCAGCUGGUGGUUAACUUGGCUCAUUUGUUGCAGAGCCCUAGCAUGGACCAGUCCGAAUCCCCAAACAAGAAGAGAAGGCUGCUUGCGCUGCACUACUUACAAGACGAAGCCAAUCUAAGGGAGAACCGAUUGAUCAGAGAGAAUUCAAGCCCUUCGUCUCUUCCAUUGUUGGACCUGAAAGAAGUGGAGAAGUUGGAGUCAUCUCUAACUUUCUGGGAGAAAUUCCUUCGCGGGAUUGACCAAAUCCCUUCAGAAAACGUGCUUGAUUUCGCUGGAGUGAUGAAUGGAGGUGGAGCAUCUCCAUCCUCACCUAGGGAUUCUGAUAUCAACGUCCCACCUUGCACGCCUGAGUGCAUUACCCCGGGAUCACCCUCACAUGAGUGUUGCUCUGCAUCUUCGGGUUAUGUUGAAAGCCUAGCAAUACCAUCCAUCCGCUUGGAUCCUGACUCGAGGCACAACAAGCCAUCAGGUGUCGACAUGAACAUGAGUCCGGAUGCUGGAUCAGCUGAGGAUCAGCAAGGGAGUGGCACUUAUGAUCAGUCUGUGCCUGCUAAUGAUAUGUUCUGGCAACAGUUUCUGACGGAGGCUCCUGCUUCGUCUGUGUUGCAGUUAGAGCGGAGAGAGUUGUAUGAUAGGACGACGGAUCCUAGUAGAUUUGCAGAUGAACACAAGCCUUGGUGGAUUGUGGAUGGCCUCACCCAACACAUGGGACAUCUCACUCAAGCUGAGAGGACCUCACGCGGUUCUUUCGUAGUUUAGUAUCGCCUUAGAAGAUGCUGUGAUGGUAUAUAUUAGAUGAUGGAUAUGGUUUUCUUGUACUAGAUUUUGCUUGUUCUACCUGUUUUCUUUUUGCUCUUGUGUAUCAUGAGACUGCAUAUAUAUAGGUUUAUUGUGCCUUA